UCAGUUGAACUAAGUGAGUUGACUGAUUAACAUUACCCAAAUCGUAUUGUGAUGAAAGUUGAUUGUUACUUUCCAACAAUCAAAUAAUUGUCAUGAAUUUUAAACGAGUCAAUCAGAGGAGUAAUUAACAAUUAUUACAAUAGUUUUUGUUUGUUUUGUGUCAUCAAAGAUUAAAAUUGUGCCGAAUCAACUUUUCCAUUGAAGUUUCCAAUCCAGUGACAAUUUAAUUAAAUUGUGUAAAUAAAUUGUAAACUUAAAUCAUGAAUCUAUUGAUAACCAGUUGGAUACUUUUAAUUCAAAGUUACUUUUAUUCAACAUUUGAUUUAUCCUCUAACGGUCAACAACAAUUUAAGGAUCACCUUAAGAUCAAUUCAUCAGUUAAUGUGAUAGUUAAUCAACGUACUAAUCAAUCAACACAUUUAAUCAAGAGUAAAACAAUUAAUCAUGGAUUAACAAGAUUGAAACGUUCAUACAAAUUGGUUGGAUCUUCAUCAAUAGAAUCAAUGACAAAACGAUUACAACAAAUUACCACCUCAAUCGCUGAACAAAAUAUUGUCAUUGAAGUUCUGGAUGAACAUGUAAUCUCAGGCAAUACCGUUGUAUUCAAAUGCAAUAUACCAAAUUUUAUCAAAGAUUUUUUAAUAAUCUCUGCUUGGAUUGAGGAUCAAACAAUGAUUGUAAUCCAACCUCCUUCAACUUAUGUGAUAAAUCAUUCAUCUUCCAUAGGAGAUAGUAAAUAUCUAAUGUUACCCACCGGUGAACUUUAUAUCCGCCAAGUGGACAGUUCAUUGAAUCAACGUAGUUAUAAAUGUCGAGCAAGACACAGAUUAACUGGUGAAACAUAUAUAAGCUCAACAGCGGGUAAACUUAUAGUAACAGAAUCUCAUAAUGUGAUAAGUCCCAGGAUUAGUGAUAUAAGAUCAAUCGUUUUGGCUGUUAAAGGUGAUACCGUGAUACUUGCCUGUUCAGCUCAGGGAUAUCCGGUUCCAACCUACACUUGGCUGAAAAAAGAUUCAAUCACUGAGAAAAUUAUCACACCCGAUGAUCGGUUUACCCGUUCCGAUGGGAUUUUGUUCAUUCACAGUGUUAAAAUUCAAGAUUCAGGGAUCUAUGUGUGCCAGGUGAAUAACACCAUUGGUGAGGAAAGAGCUGAAACUAAGCUUCUUGUCCGAGCUCCUUUAUCUGCCAAAUUGGUGCCUUCAAGUGAAUCAACUGAUGUUGGUGCUUCACUGUUCCUUAAUUGUUCCGUUACUGGUCAUCCAAUAGAUUCAAUUGUUUGGGAGAAAGAUCAUAAACCAAUUAAAGGAGAUUCAUCUGAAUCAGGAAUUCGUUUGGUGGCAAAAGAUUUAAUUCACAUUGAAUCAGUUAAAAGUAAACAUGGUGGCACUUAUCAGUGUUUCGCUUCCAAUGAAUAUGAAUCUGUCCAAGCAUCAUCGCUAUUGAAAAUCAGAGAUGAUCCGCCUGAAUUUAAGGAAACCUUUAAAUCAUCAACUCUUGAUCCUGGUCCUUCAUUGUCAUUGAAAUGUGUCGCUGCCGGUAAUCCGUUACCUCAGAUAACAUGGACUCUUGAUGGUUUCCCGAUUCCCGAAAGUAUGAGAGUCCGAUUUGGCGAUUUUGUCACUAAGGAAAACUUGGUGGUCAGUUAUGUUAACAUUUCGGACAUUCGGGUUGAAGAUGGAGGUGAAUACAAAUGUAAAGCUGAUAACGGUGCUUCCGCCAUUGAACAUGCUCAACGUAUCAACAUCUUGGGUCCACCGAUAGUAAGACCCAUGGGCAAUAUAACAAUAGUUGCUGGUGAUGUCCUGCUAAUUAAUUGUCCAGUCGCUGGUUAUCCGAUUGAAUCAAUCACAUGGACAAAAGGAGGCCAUAGGUUACCCGAUAAUCAUAGACAAAAAGUUCACGAUAAUGGUUCACUCGAAAUCCAUCAAGUUGAAAGCUCUAUUGAUGAAGGAUUUUACACUUGCCUUGCUCGUAAUAAACAAAAUCAACAAUCGGAAUCAAGUUUAUACAUUAGUGUUAAGGUUCGUCCAACAAUCGCCAACUUUUCAUUCCCAGUUAACCUUCGUGAGGGUCAACGAGCAUCGGUCAUUUGUACCGCAGCGUCCGGUGAUUAUCCGAUUCAUGUUAAAUGGUUGAAAGAUGGAGCACCCGUUAUACUACAAAAGGGUAUCAAGGUAUCACAAUUAAGUGAUUAUUCAUCAAUUUUAUUAUUUGAAUCAUUGGCGCUCGAGCAUAAAGGUAACUACACUUGUAUCGCGACCAAUGAAGCUGGUUCAGCAACUCACACCGCCCAUAUGAUAAUACAUGUGCCUCCUCGGUGGGUUAUCGAACCAGUUGACAGUUCGGUUGUUCAAGGUCGAAGUAUAUCGAUAGACUGUCAAGCUGAAGGAUAUCCCAUUCCUCGAAUACGUUGGACCAAAGGUGAAGGUUAUCAACAAGACCCACCGACAAAUUUCAAGCCGAUAAACUCAUCUCCUCAUCUUCUUGUCUUUGAAAAUGGAUCAUUGGCCAUUCAUAACGCUCAGAAAUCGGAUGCUGGUUAUUAUUUAUGUCAGACAAAUAAUAACAUUGGUCCAGGAUUGAGUAAAGUUAUCAGACUAACUGUUAAUGUUGCUGCUCAUUUCGAGACAAAAUUUAACGUUGUCACAGUUACAAAAGGUUCAGAGGCUCGAUUACAAUGUAAAUCGAUUGGAGAUAAACCGAUAACCGUUACUUGGUCCAAGGAUAAGAUUAGUUUUACUCCUCGAGAUGAUCCCAGAUAUGAACUCUUCGAAGAGGCCAGUCCAGAGGGUUUAAUAUCGGAAAUUUUGAUUCGCGAUGCUGAUCGACGGGAUUCAGCCUUGUUCACUUGUAAUACUUUUAAUAGUUUCGGUAAAGAUGAGACUAACAUUCAACUAUUACUUCAAGAGCCUCCUGAUCCACCUCAAGAUAUUAAAAUUCUUGACCAUGAUGGUCGAUCAGCAACAGUUUCAUGGUCACCUCCUUAUCCUGGAAAUAGUCCAAUCAUUGAGUAUAUUGUACAGUAUAAGUUAGAGAAAGAAAAAUGGACCACAGUUCGAGGCUCUUGGAAUGUAACUGCCUCAGGCAGUGGAACAUCUUAUCGUCUUGAGAGUUUACAUCCUAUUACUCAUUAUCAACUUCGCAUGUACGCAAGUAAUGCGAUCGGACGAAGUGAGCCAAGUCAAGUUGUUCAUUUUCGAACUGAUGAAGAAGCACCAGGAGGACCACCGCUUCAUAUUAAAGCGAUUCCAAUGAGCUCAUCUUCAGUUAGAGUUACAUGGAAACCACCAAAGAAAGAGUUAACCUUUGGGCCGAUUAUGGGCUAUUAUGUUGGUUAUAAGGUGAAAGAGACUCGAGAUGAUACAACAGGUUCAUACACUUAUAAAACACUGGAGGCCAAAGAUCGUUCCGUUAACAUGGAAGCUCAAAUCAAUGGACUUACUCGAGCAACUAAAUAUUCAAUUACCGUCCAAGCUUUUAACUCAAAAGGCUCUGGCCCAGCAUCAGAAGAGAUUCUAGUUCAAACCUUAGAAAAAGAUCCACCUUCAAUUCCGAAUCUAAAAUUAUCCACUAAAACUGCAAACUCGAUAACAAUCACAUGGAGUUCUGAGACUAAGGCUCAUUCUGAUAAUCCAACUGGUUAUAUUGUCUACAUGAAACGUUCAAGUUCAGAUAAAUGGGAUUCAUUUGAGAUUCCAGGAAGUUCCAAUUCUCAUACAACUGAAGCCUUAAGCUGUGGAACCUCGUAUCAAUUUUAUAUCGUGGCCUUUGAUGAGAUCGGUAAAAGUGACCCAAGUAACAUUAUCUAUGUGAAAACCGAAGGGCUGGCCCCCGUUGCGCCCGAUAAACAUUCCCUGUUAUCGAUAAACGCUUCUACUGCAGUUAUACACUCAGAUUCGUGGCACGAUGGAGGAUGUCCGAUCGAUAGAAUGGAGAUAAUGUUCAAAGAAGAAAAGAAAAAGGAAUGGUUCUCUCAUCCACCCGUAAUCUUUCCUCCGUCCAAAGAUGAGAAAGAUAUUAUUCUCUCUGACCUUCGACCCGGAACUUCGUAUGAGCUUAAAAUAACAGCGACAAAUGAAGCAGGUCCAACAACGGUGACCCACAUCUUCAGAACUAACAGUUUGGCUCGAGCCGAAAAGGGGCCUUUUAUGAUCGGCAAUGAGGCUUCCAAAUCGGCCUCAGAUUCUAGUCCAUACGCAGAAUUGAAUCUUAUUCUGCCAACAAUUAUCUCCAUUGGUGCAACUUUCAUAGUUCUAAGUUUUCUCAUUUGUUUAAUAUUUUUGAAACGACGUCAUAAUAAUAUCAACUUCUAUGAAAAUCAAGGUCUCUAUGAACCCUCAAAACGAGAGCCUGGUAAUGAAACACUUCGAUUAACUUCCCUUGAUGGGACAUUGAAAAAAUCGACCACAAAUUGUGCUGCUUCGAGCCUCGACUCGGGUAAUUAUCCUUCUUCCUAUGCAAUGACCAAAAUUGAAUCAGAAAAAGAUCUGACCAAUGGUCUAAUCGAAACUGAAGCUAAACGAACCUGCCCAUCACCACUGAAACAGCAUGUGCAAUUAAACCAAACGGAACCUUUAUAUGCGACGGUCAAACGGACUCCCCGACAGCCACGGACUGAUGUUCAUGUUUAUAAUUAUCCAAUAACUCAAACAACGUCAGAUUCUGGUUGUGCUUCUGAAGCAUCUUGGCCAAACAUGUCGUUAACUGGACAAUUACCUUGUGCCCAGGGGACAAUCAAUUCCAAUACAUUAUUGAGAUUUCAUGAAGCAACGGACGAGAAAAAAUUAACUGCAAUUCCAAUCAGUGCUGCUAAUUAUGCAACUUAUGUUGAACGACAACCAAUGUUAAUUUGUCAACAACAACAACAACAACAAUCAGCUCAACGUUUCAAUGGGAAUUAUAAUCGAGGAACAAUUUCUUAAUUAUUUAAAGGAAAUAAUUAAAUUGGUCUUAAUUGCAUUCCAAUUAAUCAGGAUCUCAAUACAUUGGAUAUACACACAAAUAGUGAUAAUUUUAUAACCAAAGAAAAAUAAACUUGAUGCCAAAACUUAAUUGUAAACUUAAUUGUCGUAAAAAUUGUUCAAUUUGAUUGUUGAUUAGAUUGUUGAUAAUUUUCAAUCUAAUUUAACAUCUAUCAAUUGAUAAACUCUGACAAUUUAAUUUCUGCCAAACUAAAUUAUAAACUAAUUACUUUUAAUUGUUUAGAAAGACUCAAUUUGUAGCUUUUAUAUAAAUAUUAUAAUAUAAAUUUAAUUGUAAAUUUAAUAAUGAUUUCAAACUUUAAUUAUAACAAUUAACUAAUUCAAUUCACAUUCUGUAAAACAUUCAAUGUCCAAUCUUUUAUAAUGGAAUGACCCUUGACCUUGUCCAUGACCUCAUAUGUAUUUCACUUAGCCUUUUACCUUAAUUUAAUACCUGAUGGCUUAAUUGAUUAACUUGCUUAAGUUUUAAUCAGAGUUUUAAUUGCAAUAACUAAUCAAUAAGACACAAAUCUAUUGAUUGUUAAUAAUAAGAAAACAAUACAAAGCCAAACAUUGAAUGUUUAUUUUUCUGUAAUUAAAUUGUAUUAACUAAUUGAGAUGGAAACAAAAAUUACAAUUAAUAAAAUAAAUUCACAGUUAAAUUCAGUUUAUCUCUUUAGUUCAUUUAAUUGUUUUGAUUACUUGAAAUAUCAGUCCACUCAAAUUCAUGAUUAAAUUGGCUUGAUUAACAUUAGGGAGGUUAAUCAAUCAUAUCAAUUCAAUUAAAAAAAAGCACGAAUCAAAAUUUAUCAACCCAAUUGUCAAGUUAAAUCAAU